UCGAAAGCCCUUUGUUUCUUGUCUUUCCACUCCACAAUUAUGCUAUACUUUGUGAUGUUUAAUCGCAGAAGAUCCCAAUAGAUAACAUAAAUGGUUGUUCAAGGGAUAUUCUGCCAUCUUUUUUAACUGAGUGGAAUGAGAGAAGGGAGGAAGGACACCUUCAGGUCCAAAGGGGGAGAUAAAGUUUAGGGGAGCGGGAGGAGGAGGGAGGAGAGGAGCAGGUGAUAUUUAAGCCACUGGCAGACUCUCUCCCCAUCCAUCUCUGCUUUGGCUCUGUCCCCUGCUGCUCUUUAAAGACAAAGGAGGCCCUCCAUCAGCACUCAGUCUCCCCACGAGUCCAGCACAAGACGCUCCAAGAUGCCGGACACAAUCAUGUCCAAGGAGCCCAGUUCCAACCUGGAGAGUGCCAUGCAGAUGCUCAUAAAAACCUUCCACAAAUAUUCGGGGAAGGAGGGCGAUAAGUACACCCUGAGCAGGGGCGAGCUGAAGGAGCUGCUAACGGAGGAACUGGGCAGUUACCUAGGGAACUCCAAAGACAACGAAGCCGUGGAGAAGGUGAUGAACGACCUGGACGCCAACAACGACGGCGAGGUGGACUUCACGGAGUUCAUCAUCCUGAUGGGCGCCCUCACAGUGGCCUGCAACGACUUCUUCCUGGAUUCAAAACCGGAAGACAAGGGGAAAGACGGGGCGGGGAAGAAAGAUUGAAACUGUGCAAGAGAGGCCGGAGUAAAAACAGGAGGAGGAGGAAGACAACAACGACGAAGGAAAGGAGAAGGAGGGGGAAAGGCCUGUAAAACCGAUGGCUUUUUUUUUCCACUUUUUGUCUUGCGCAAUUUCUAAAUACUACAAACCCAUAUGAGAGGAGAUGUCCGGCGCUCAGUUUAUGGGGUUCACAGAACAUGAGGAAUUCAGUGGGAGUGCUGUUUUCCCCCAUGCAAAUGUUAUUCAUACCACAACUAAUCCGGAUCAAGUUCCUCUCAGUGCAGCGAGAGACUUAAUGUACACAUCAGGGUUUAUUUCAUCACGUUUCAGCUCAGACUCAUCCGAGUUUUACAGUAGGGGAGGUUAUGAGAAGGUACCAGACUGGAGAUGUAUGUUUGAUCCUUUCUUGCACAAUGGAGUAUCUGUGAACAUAUAUAUGAAUAUAUAACGUUUCAGAUCAUUAUAUCAUUGUAUGUACUCAGAGUUGAAAGAUAGGUGAUGUUGCACCUAUUUUUUAAUCUUUUAUGGAAAUAACCAGUGCUUCAAAAAUAUUAAACGUUGCAUUUAACCAACA